CGAUACCACAACAAGAACGAGCGUUGUCGUUGAGUUGUAAACGUCUAUUGAGAUUACCCUGAAUGAGGAAUAAUUAUGGAAUCGGGUUGAGGAGGUAACGUGAGUUUGAAAGACGUUAACCUAACGAUAACCUGUUGCACCUGUGUUCUCCCUUCCUCUCGUGUCGUUGCUAUGGAUCUUGGGCUGUCGGUAAGCUCUGACGGUAAUGAAGCAUUCCAGCUGCCAACACCAAAAAUAGAGGACAUUAAAGAAGAGGAAUAUGAUCACAUGAUCACAUGUCAAGACGACGAGGAGGAGGAGAAGCCGCUCACUGAGCUGUUCUGUAAAACUGAGUCUCUUGGCUCUAAUGAAGCAUCACAGGCAACAGCAGAGUUUGAAGUGAAAUUAGAGGAUGAUGAAGAUGAAGAAGAAGACCACGACGAUGAGGAUGAAGAAUACCAAGACGAUGAUUCUCCUCAGGGAGGUGCAUCAAAAUAUCCACACGGAACACAACAGAAUGAUGAACUCAACCUGCAUCUCCUAGAAGGACUGUACCACUCUGCAGUCUGCAGGAAGAGUUUCACAGCCCUGAAAGAACUCGAGAAACACCAGAAAAGGCACUUUUGUGUCGUUAGUCAAUGGCAGAACACUGGCAAAGAACCUGAUAAAUGUGACCAGGGCGGAAAAGCAUUUACAAAGACCACAAAUCUUAGCUUCUUCCUGCUAACUCACUCUGGAGAGAAGCGAUACAAAUGUGACCAGUGUGGCAAAACCUAUUCAAAUAUUUUCAUUUUAAAACACCAUAUGCUAACACACACUGGAGAGAAGCCUCAUAAAUGUGCCCUGUGUGGGAAAGCCUUUUCACAUAUUUCCAAUUUUAAUUCCCAUAUGCAAACUCACACUGGAAAGAAGCCUCAUCAAUGUGCCCAGUGUGGAAAAGCAUUUACACAAAUUUCCACUCUUAAAAGCCAUAUGCUAACUCACACUGGAGAGAAGCCUCAUCAAUGUGUCCAGUGUGGAAAAGCCUUUACACAAAUGUCAAAUCUUAGAUCCCAUAUGUUAACCCACACUGGAGAGAAGCCUCAUAUAUGUGUCCAGUGUGGAAAAGCAUUUACACACAUUUCAAAUCUUAGAUCCCAUAUGCUUACUCACACUGGAAAGAAGUGUAAUGUUUGUGCGCAGUGUGGGAAAGCUUUUAGUCAAACAUCAAGUCUUAAAAGCCAUAUGCUUACACACACUGGAGAGAAGCCUUAUAAAUGUGCCCAGUGUGGACAAGCAUUUGAAAGGGCCACAACACUUAAACGCCAUAUGCUAAAACACACUGGAGAAAAGCCUCAUCAAUGUGCCCAGUGUGGAAAAGCAUUUGACAGGGCCACAACUCUUAAACAGCACAUGCUUACUCACACUGGCGAGAAGCCUCAUCAAUGUGCCCAGUGUGGAAAAGGUUUUUAUCAAACAUCAACUCUUAAAAGCCAUAUGCUUACUCACACUGGAGAGAAACCUCAUCAAUGUGUCCAGUGUGGAAAAACAUUUACACAAAUGUCAAAUCUUAGAUCCCAUAUGCUUACCCACACUGGAGAGAAGUGUCAUGUUUGUGCCCAGUGUGGAAAAGCAUUUACACAUAAUUCCAAUUUAAAAUCCCAUAUGCGAAUUCAUACUGGAGAGAAGCCUCAUCAUUGUGCCCAGUGUGGGAAAGCUUAUAUCUCAAGUUCAGGUCUCAAAAGCCAUAUGCGAACUCACACUGAAGAGAAGCCUCAUCAAUGUGCCCAGUGUGGAAAGGCAUUUAAAAGGGCCCCAACUCUUAAACACCAUAUGCUAACACACACUAGAAUGAUGGGUCAUAAAUGUGCCUAGUGUGGAAAAGAUUUGUUCAUGUUUUUGUCAGCUCUUGGAUCACAUAUGUGACCCUGCAAGGCGAAACCAGUCGCUUUGGUAAAAUUUACAAAAUGAAGUUAUUGUACUCACACUAACGGCCAUAAACUAAGCUUUCCAACGAUAU